CAGUUUUGGUCUGACAGCCAGAUUAUUGCUGCUGAUUUGUUCCUCACUUAUUUAGAAACACUGCUGGACACGAGCGGCUGGCAGAACGCCCAGUUCUUCUUCACAAUAGACAAACCUGCUGUAGCUCCCCUCCUCCCCGUGUUCUCAGCCUUUGUCUGCAGGUGAGACAGAACCUGAAAGAUGUUUUGUUUUGGCCGAGGCUUAUAAAUCAAAGCCUCGUCCAGCUCGCUCAUCUUCCCAAAUCUGCUUCUCCAGAAGAUGCGGCACAACUCGGACGCAGCGAUGCUGACGAGGUUGCUCGGACUGCUUGUCCUGUCCUCCCUCUGCUCAGCCAUGUGGGUGCAAAACUUCACCAGACAAUACAUUAGUGAAGAGGAAGGCUCCACAUAUGAUCCCAACACCCACCAUUGGCCUGCAUCAGGUGACGGGCAGUUUAAUGAGACUUCUGAGAAGACUGAUCAGCCAAAGGGAAUCCCCUCCUGGCCACCCGAGGCACGCAGUGGGUCUCUAAUGAUGCCUCCAACAGGACCCCCAUUUCCACACUACGGCAACAACUCUGAAGGUCCCAACAUGCCCAGGAUGUUUGGGGUCAGUAGCCCAUCUAUUCCACCCAUGCCUGACACAACAAUCUGCGACAUGCUGCUAAAUGCACCGGUACCCCCGCCCAUCGACCAGAUUCCAUUUUUUUGCAUCUGUAAAUACUGCAAAGGAACCAUAGGACCCAAAGGAGACCGCGGAGACCGAGGUCUUCCAGGUCCUCCCGGGAGCGCUGGAAGAAGAGGAUUGAUGGGAUUUCCAGGUCCCAGAGGGUUUACAGGCUCUCAGGGGAUAAAAGGCCAGAAGGGAGAAAUGGGGGGAAAAGGGAAUGCAAGGUGUAGCAGGUUUCACUGGCACAAAGGGAGAGCGAGGAUUUAAAGGGGACAAAGGGGACCAAGGAUCAAUGGGACCCCCUGGUGCACCGGGCCCUCAGGGAGAAUCUGGUACAUGCCCUGCCACCUGCGAGAGUGUCCCAGGUGCACCUGGUACCCAAGGGCCACCUGGACCAGCUGGAGCCCGUGGCCUGCCUGGGGUGCAGGGUCCCGAUGGACCCAAAGGCAUGAAAGGUGAUAGGGGUGACAUGGGCUUGCCUGGAAACCCUGGCCGCGAUGGUGAGAAGGGUGAUCGAGGUGAGCAGGGGAUGUGUAAGUGCACAAAUGGAACAAAUGGUGCUGACGGCAAACCGGGGCAAAAGGGAGAUAAAGGGGACAAGGGUGACAUUGGUUCGCAGGGUAUACAAGGCCCCAUGGGGUUAAAAGGCAACCAGGGUGAUUUGGGUCUCAUGGGGCCACCUGGCCCCUGCUCUCCAGCCAUCCAGUCGGCGUUCUCCGCCUGUAUCAACGAGUCAUUUCCAGCUCACAAUUUUCCCAUUCCUUUCCCACACAUCCUUACCAACCAGCAGAUGCACUUUAAUCCAAAUGGCAUCUACACAGCCCCCGUCAACGGCACGUAUGUCUUCUCCUUUCACCUGGCAGUUGCUGUGAAACCGCUUAAAGUUGGCCUGUUCCGCAAUUUCUACCCUGUAGCUAAAACAACAGAAGGAACCGUCCCAUCCACCACAAGCCAGGCAGUGGUCCUCCACCUCUACAUGGGAGACCAGGUUUGGCUGCAGGUGAAGGACCCCAGCACCAAUGGCAUGUACACUGAUAAUGAAAGCAAGAGCACAUUCUCUGGGUAUCUGCUGCACCCCGACUCCUGCGAAUUUCCUUCAGGCCGAAAUUACUAUUUCCCACAGCCACAUCAUGGACACUACACCUGGGAUGGUCCCGAACCUACAACCCCUCCACCAAAUUAGUGUCUUUUCAGUUGCACAGUUAUAGAUGAGGCACAAAAAGCAUCCAAUCAAAUUCUCAGUGAUUUUAUAACUGCAAGUUUUAAAAGAGGGGUAUUCUAGCAAUGAAGCAAUGACAACUGCUAAAAUGGGUUUUUCUACCAGGGAAGUUAUACAGUAGUACGAUUGUACCACAUUGUAGUUACUACUCAGUUUUUUUAAAAUCAGGUUUAAUUUCUUGGGUUAAAUCUAAGUCUGUUUGGUUGUUGAAGUUGGUGACACAUAAAAAGAAAGACCA